UGUGUAUUUGGAGACAGACGUACUGUAGAAUGGAUGAGCCGUCUUGACCAAAACUUGAAGACAAAACAACAACAGAGGACAAUAAGAGUGAAAAUGGCAUUACUCAGAGCAUUAGGAUACAUGUGUGUUCUUCUGGUUAUAUACUACAGUCUGAAGAAUCAAUUCUCUGAGCAACUGAUGGAUACGGACGUUUCCCACGGCCAUGCCCUACUUAAAAGACAGGCUGAGUCAGAUUCAUCUGGAUACACUGUUCAAGUUCUUGCACACAUCGCUGACCUUGAACGGCUCAGAUCAUCUUUACGUGCACUGAAUCUGCCCAUAGUUAUCAACGGCACUAGACUGACCAGCAUUAGUGCCACAACAGUGUGUUCAAGGACAAAUAUGACUGGGUACCAGUGCAGAUGUGAGGAGAGCUUUGCUUGGUCGUUCAACAGCUGCAAUACAGCUGGAGCCUGUGAUGCCAUCACUGCUAACACAUGUGGAUGCAUUAAUGCUCUUCCAGCAGAUGGCCAGUACUGCCAGCUGAAUACUAGUCAAACAGUAACAACACCAACAUCAAGCCCAACAUCAAGCCCAGCUACAUCGCCAUCAACCACAACCCCACAGGUCUUGGUGAAGUAUAAUCUAGCUUUUGACGUUCGUGUCCCAGUCUCAUCUGUGCCAUCAGAUUUCAUAGCUAGGUUCAGAAAUGUUCUUGGAACAAUACCCAUACCCACGACGGUGACAUCAUCUAUAAAUUUGACAGGUUUAAAAUUCACUACAGCGUGUACUCCAGUCUCUGGAUCGCAGCAGUGUCAGUGUGAAAACCAGUUUCGCUGGCCGUGUGACAUAUGCAACCGUUAUGCAUGUAAUAAUGUCUCAAGACAAACCUGCAGCUGUAUAAACGGUCUACCCUCUGAUGGACGCUUCUGUGAACCUACCACAAGUGUCAACACCACAUGUAUACAUGAGACAACUACACCAGUGAUGACAACAACUACGUCAAUGACAACAACUACACCAAUAAUGACAACACCUACACCAAUGACAACAACUACACCAAUGACAACAACUACAACUACACCAAUGACAACAACUACACCAGAGAUGACAACAACUGGUGGACCAACAGAACCACCGCAACAAAAACAGUUUUCAGUGGUCAUGGACAUCACUUACCAGGAAACAUACAAUAGCCCAGACAGUCAGAUUUACACAGACACGCAUGAUUCCAUUUUAAGUAACUGUGAAACAAUCCCCAUUAAAUGCAAGGUGACAGACCUGAGGUUUAGGAGUGGAAGCACAAUUGCAGACAGUACUGUCAGUGCCACUUCCCUUACGGACAUAACAUUAGAAAAAAUAAAAACAGGAGUCAUUAAUCAGCUGGGAGAAAAAUACCCUAUGAUAAUUGACAGUGAAACACCCUUAACCUUUCCUCGAACUGACGUGUUUUUCGGGGAGAGCGUGUCUGUAACCUGUGGUCCUCCACCAAGCAGUCUUAACUUUAGUGCCAACUGGGUUGCGGAGUGGAAGGUUGACGGCAUUUUAAUCCCCGCCGAUGAUAAUCACAUGUUUUCAAAACUGGCUGACAAGGCAGUACUUACUGUGAACAGGUUUUUUCGCACCGACAGUGGAGUUUAUGAAUGUAGGAUGAAAGACACACUGGUCACAAAAGCAAUUUUCCGUCAAAAGUCCAAUGGAGAGCUCACUUUUAGAGAAACACCAGUGAUUAUGGUGAAACCAGAGAGACAGAAGCUGGAGUGUGUGGAAGGAGAGUCGCACACUGUGACCCUGACAUGUUCUGUUCAGAGUCCACACACAAUUCAAUUUCAAGGCAUAAAUCCCCCAGCUGCAGGUACCUCAAUCACCCAUACUGUGGAUUUCACUAGCUGUGGAAACAGACUAUUCACUUGUGUAGAGGCAACAUUUACACGGUUUAAUAAAAGUAUACAGCUGGAGUUAGUCUCUGGAGAAUUUGACUGUGACGAUGUUAAGUUUGGGGUUGGAAAUGUCGAGGAUGUUGCCAUAGCUCCCUGUGAACCAAACAAAGAGGGUGAGAAAAUAGGAAUAUGUACAGACAAUAACGGGGUGAAACAAUGGGAAGAGGAGGACAACUGCAUCCUGAUACCAGUUCUGCAGCUGCUCAGUCAGUCUGAGAAUCUGAAUAACAAUACGCUGCCACUCUUCUUGGUAGAACUCAGGACUGUAACUGUCAACUUCACGGAUGAUGUGACUGAAUCACCAGCUACCAUUAAUGCUAUUGUUACAAUCCUCACACGGGUAGCAAAUGUAUCAUCAGAAGCCUCCAUUCUAAUAAAUCAAGCAUCAAUGACGGAUAUCCUGUUCACUUCAGGUGUCCUCACCAAAGAUGAAGCAGAGGAAUCAUGGGAUUUACUCAAUACCAAACCCAGAAGAAAAGUUGUAACUAACAGUACAGUGACAAGAACUAACAUCACUGAAGUUCAAGAGUCAAGUGCGAGCUCAAGAUUUUUGUUCUCUCUGGAGUCUCUUACAAAUAACCUUAUCAAUGACACUUUCAACAUUGUCACACCUUUUAUAUUGCUGAACAAAACCACAUUCACAGACAAUUUCACCGCCAACUUUAAUUCAUCAGUACAGAUAGAAAUCCCAGAUUCUGGUCUACAGAACCAUGUUAUCACUGUUGUAACCUUUGAUUCAAUGGAUAAUGUGCUUCCUCCAAGAGAUGAAGCCAAUUCAUCCUUCAACUUCAUCAAUGGGAGAGUUGUGCUUGUACAGUCCAAUGAUGUCAAUAAUGCAACAUUCACAUUUAAUGUUCUGAACGACACUCUGGGUAACCCCCAGUGUGUUUUCUGGAACUUCAGCUUGUUCAACAACCUUGGGGGAUGGGACAAUGAGGGGUGUGAGCUGGUGUCAAACAUUAAUGAUACCGUCACAUGCAACUGCAACCACCUGACUUCGUUCUCUAUCCUUAUGUCACCAAACAUUCCAGAGAAGUACAAAAUUAUCUUGGAUUACAUAACCUACAUUGGAGUUGGGAUAUCAAUGGCUUCCUUGAUCAUUUGCCUUAUUAUUGAGGGCAUUAUAUGGAGAAAAAUCAGACGAAAAAGAAUAUCUUACCUGCGCCAUAUUACCAUUGUAAACAUCGCCGUGUCUCUCCUGAUUGCAGAUAUUUGGUUUAUUAUUGGUGCAGCCAUUUCAGAUUUACAACAGAAAAAUCCCCCAGCAUGCACUGCAGCAACAUUUUUUAUCCAUCUGUUCUACCUGGCUCUAUUCUUCUGGAUGUUAGCAUCUGGCCUGCUGUUGUUCCACGGCACAGUCAAUGUCUUUGGUGCGGGUUUGUCAAAAAAUGCCAUGUUAGGUAUAGGAUUUUCCCUUGGCUAUGGGGCACCACUUCUUAUUGCUGUCAUCACUAUUGCUGUGACUGCACCCACAGAUGAGUACAUCAGAGGAGACAAUGCUUGUUGGCUCAACUGGUAUGAGUCUAAAGCUCUCCUGGCCUUCGUAAUCCCUGCACUCUUGAUAGUGCUGAUAAACUUGAUGAUUUUGUGUGUGGUGAUCUACAAAAUGGUGAGGAGAAGGGUAACAACAGAUGCUACACAAGCAGAGGAAAGGCAUGUUCUAGUGGUCAUUGCUCGAAGCUUGGCUUUCCUCACUCCCCUGUUUGGGUUAACAUGGGGUCUAGGAGUUGGAACCAUGACUAGCCCUGACAACUUUGGAAUACAUGUUUCAUUCGCAUUCUUCAAUUCAUUGCAGGGGUUUUUCAUAUUGAUUUUUGGAACUCUGCUGGACAAAAACGUACGAUCAGAAAUUGCGGUGAAGUCACAAACUUCGUCAAGUGGAACAAGGAGCACCAGUGCCGGGAUGUCAUCAUCAAGUGGUCUGGACUUUCUUCGCAACUGGCGAAGAGGAAGAGAUGGCUACAAUGUCUCCUCCACUAGUGGAAGGGAUUCUUACAAUACUUGAUGAAAUGUAUGGACGCUUCUUGUCAUCUGGAAUAACAACCAACCAAACACAAAGAUGUUUCACUCAAUCAACUCAUGGGCUUUCUCCAUUGCAGCUGUUACUUACAGUAUGAAAACACAAGGUGACAUCUGAAGUAAAAUUGAUUUUUAGGGGCAAGGGUGAAAAAUUAUUCUAGCUAUACUCUAAAGUACUGAACUGCCACUG